AUGUCGUUGGUCAAGUUGCCGUACGAACUGGUAUCGUACGUAGUCGACUAUCUCGAAUUAAGCGACGUCUUCAGCCUAAGCCUCUCCUGCAAGAAAUUUCUGUUUCUAUUCCAGGAGGCCAAUAUUUCGAAAUGGUUGCUUGAGAGCAAAGCACCGUACAGCAAAGAGGCUCGCGACGCUCGGGUCAACAAGAGGUAUGCAUCCGGCCUCAGGCGCCUUACCAAGCGUCAAAGAGCGGUUGCGUCCGUGUCUCCCUAUCUCGUUGCAGUGGUUGCCUUUUCCGAGCACUGGAUGUAUGAAAACGGUAUUCUCUGCUAUGUCCGCAAUCACAACCUUCGCAUCCUCGACCUGCACCAUCCUGGGAGUCACGAGAUCGUGGUCGACAUAGCCAAGCUGCUCCUCGAAGCGGUCCAAGAUCCUCAGCCGCGGCGUAAGUGCAAGUUUCAGCUGCUAUACUAUUCACACAACAUUGUCUCCUGUGUCUACAAACAGCGCCGGCACAACGACUCCGGGCAGCGAAGCAACUGGCUUGUGGCCGUCAACCCCCGAGAAGCCCGGAUCGUGGCAGUCCGUCAGCUGGUAUCCACGUCUAGGUUAUUUGUGCGAAACAACAACGAGUUUCUCUUCUACGGCACCACGUAUGAGGCGGUGGAUGGCUAUGACCGCUGGGCGAUCGGCGGUUUCGACAUCCGAGCCGGAGCCGGGACAUCGGAGAGCGCCAGCACAUGGCUCGGCCUUCUCAAUAUACCGAUGGUGAUCGGGACGGACAUCGGUGCGACGGUCUGCUUUGAGAUCUUUGGGGGUUACUUCUACGGUGUGUCGAACCAGGGGAACUUCCAAGACGAAACAGGGGAUUGGAUCUCGUACUAUUCCUGCUUCAGAUUUCCGCUCGCUCGGCAGGGAUUUCAGAAGUUCAAAGCGCUGCCUCGGGAGCGAAUCUGGCGGCGGAAUCAUACAGAAGGCCCUAUCGACGACAGAUGGACCUUCCUCCGCAUCUUUGAAGACGAGUCAACGGGCGAGCUCAAGGCCAUAGAAUCCCGAAAGGAGUGGCUCGCUGGCAGCAUCUCAGCCAGGCGUACAUACUAUACGACGCCCAUCAGUUUCGAUGAUCCAACCGAAGGCUCUGUGACUGGGCGCUCAUUGGAGGGAACAGGCUCUACAACGUCUGCGGCUAAGAACCGGCAGGCGACUGUUCCUCGGACAAGGUUGCGAGAUCCGAACACCGUGCACCCGGGUGACGACAGGUUUACUUUCGCCGUGAAUCUGAGCAAGUGUCCCAUUCGCUCAUACCACCCGCCAUGCCACACGUUUAUUGAUCUUGUGGACGAGUCAGACCCCUUCAACCCCGCGGAUCAGCGCAUCCGCCUCCGUGGCGGCUCACGGCAUCCGCGGAGCCCCGGGGGGCUUGCGCGGCCGGAAUGCCUGCCGGCAGCACAAGGGGAACUUGAUUCCCGAGCAGCUCUUCUGCGCCAGAUUGACGGACUGUACAAAAGCGAGAGCAACCUCUUCUGGCCACCCAAACCAAACUCGGCCGAUCCUGAUCCCGCGCUUGCCGAGCUUUACGCAAUGCUGAGCCCCCCGGGACAUUUCGGAAGUCUGCGCGGCAGCUGGGACGAACGGUCCAUUGUCUACGCAACCGGGAACAGGGCGGGAGGCAUCCAAGCGCUGAUAUUCCUGUCUUUCGACCCCGCCAUCUACUUGAAUGGUACGCCGCCGUAUUCGGGUAGCUCGUCCCUUGGCGGAAAGUCAAAGGAAAAGGGUAGCAACACUGCUAAAAAGGGCCCGCUGCCGCAGUCUGAUACUACCUGUUGUCUUGGGGAGGGUUUCAAUCUGGGCCAGUCCACGAGCGGGACUCAUCAAGACAACGAAGUGUCCUGGAGGCGGUUCGAGCCGGCUGCAUACCGCGAGAUAUCGAGGGGUUACCACUUUGCACUCUGA